UUCUUUAGCUGUAAGUCACGAGUCACGACCACUGAAGAUGGAAGAAACGCGUGUACCCAACCUCAUUGGUCAGUCUUUAGACAGACAUCAACGAGUGACUACAGUCUCAUUAUGACACAGUUUGUUAAACUCCAUUCACUUCAAAAAGUCUCCAUUGAUCAUUAAAAAUUGCUAAAAAACCCAUCUCCACUCUCUUUCUCAUUUGAUCAUAUACUCUCUCGAGUAUUGCCUCUCUGUUUUACUCUCUCUCUCUCUCUGCCCAUUCAUGGAAGACGGAGAUUCUAACCAAGAACAUCCCCAACCGCUCCCCACAAACCACGACGCUUCCUCCCCCAAGAAGCCAUCCACUUCCUCCAUCGUCGUUGACAGGCUAAAACGCGAUGAAUGGAGCGAAGGAGCCGUGUCGAGUCUCCUCGAAGCCUACGAGACGAAAUGGGCACUCAGGAACAGAGCCAAGCUCAAGGGCCAAGACUGGGAAGACGUGGCUAGACACGUGUCUUCACGCGCUAGCCACACCAAGUCCCCCAAGACUCAGACGCAGUGCAAGAACAAGAUCGAGUCCAUGAAGAAACGGUACCGUUCUGAGUCCGCCACUGCUGAAGGAUCCUCUUGGCCUCUUUACUCUCGUCUUGAUCAUCUCCUCCGUGGAAAUGCUUCCACCUCUGUCCACCCUCAGCCUCAGCCUCAGCCUCAGGCUGUUUUGCCUCUGAAUUGCUCUGCUCCUUUGCUCUUACUCGAGCCUCCGUUGGCGGCGGUGACUCAUCCGCCGCAGCAACCUCCUGCUGCUCAGAUGUCUCACGGAUCCAACGGUGUCGGCACGAUUAAGAUGAAAACCCCAGGCCUAUUUCCCAGCGGUGGACAACUUUCUUAUGAACGUUCUGUGCAGGAGGAAGGAUUCAAGGACGAUCACAAACCUGAGAGAGCCACGGAGAUGGAUACAGAUAGUAGUACGCCAGUGCUCUGCAGAGAGAAAGCGAAGGUGAGGCCGAAGAAAGUAAGGAGAAGGUACAAGGAAGAGAAGGAGGAGAUAGCAGGAAGCAUACGGUGGUUAGCGGAGGUGGUGAUGAGAACGGAGAGAGCGAGGAUGGAGACGAUGAAAGAGAUAGAGAGGAUGAGAGCUGAAGCAGAGGUGAAGAGAGGAGAGAUGGAUUUGAAACGAACGGAGAUAAUGGCCAACACUCAGAUAGAGAUUGCUAGGCUCUUUGCAGCUUCUGUACACAAAGGUGGUGUUGAUUCUUCACUAAGGAUCGGAAGAAACUGAGAAAUUUUAUUAUUGUUCACUGAGGAUGAAUGGUUACGCCUUCAAAUGUAUGGUUAAAUAAUAAUAAGUGUGAUCAAUCUAGCUUAUAGAGAUGCCAUUACCGUCUCAAAUUGAUUGGCAUUUGAUUAUCUAAUUUGCAUGUGGUUAUGGAAAGUUGCAGUAACAUAUAGUGUGGUUCUAGUCUUA